AUGUCGUCUAUUCCGGAUAUGGGGAACGCUACAACGAAUACAUCUAAGAGACAUGAACCUGGCGUAGUAGGGCCAUCUGCAGCGAAUACAUCUAUGAAACAUGAACCUGGCGAAGAAGGGCCAUCUGCAGUGCGUAAAUCUAUGAAACGUGAACCUGACGAAGAAGGACCAUCUGCAGUGCGUAAAUCUAUGAAACGUGAACCCGACGAAGAUGGACCAUCUGCAGUGCGUAAGUCUAUGAAACGUGAACCCGACGAAGAUGGACCAUCUGCAGUGCGUAAAUCUAUGAAACGUGAACCCGACGAAGAUGGACCAUCUGCAGUGCGUAAAUCUAUGAAACGUGAACCCGACGAAGAAGGACCAUCUGCAGUGCGUAUAUCUAUGAAACGUGAACCUGACGAAGAAGGACAAUCUGCAGUGCGUAAGUCUAUGAAACGUGAACCCGACGAAGAAGGACCAUCUGCAGUGCGUAUAUCUAUGAAACGUGAACCUGACGAAGAAGGACAAUCUGCAGUGCGUAAGUCUAUGAAACGUGAACCCGACGAAGAAGGACCAUCUGCAGUGCGUAUAUCUAUGAAACGUGAACCUGACGAAGAAGGACAAUCUGCAGUGCGUAUAUCUAUGAAACGUGAACCUGACGAAGAAGGACAAUCUGCAGAACGUUGCCGUUACUUGGGUCCAGAUCUCGUGAAAGGUCGUUGGAUUCAGAAACAGGAAACUGAAGAAGAUGGACCUUCUCCAGCUUUCCAUUCAAAUGCUAUUACUCCAAAAACAAUAGAAAGACACCAAAAACCACAGAAAGACUCCAAAAACCAUACAAAGAAGCGUAAGAUACAGUUACCAAGAUUGUAUGGAUUAUGA